AUGCCGCCGAAACGGAAUCGACGCACAUCACCUUCACACUCUGGGCUAACUGCCGGAGAACGGCUCAAGCGCGCGAAGCUCACCGACAGCAGAGUGUAUUCAGCCUGGGGUUGGGUGGGCGUAGAGGUGGCCGACGUGUCACAAAUCACCCAACAACAUCGUCUGGCUACCUGUGGUUUCUCUGAGAACAGCUCACAUCCGCUUUGCUUGAAUCGCUACGCCGUUCCUAGGUCCUCGCCUUCAGUGAAAGGCGAUUCUAACGGUGGUGGGAAGGUGGCAGCGGGUGAACUGGAGGACGAUAUCAUUGUCAUCUCGGACGAUGAGGCACCUAGAUGUAACAGUAAGGUCUGCAAGGCAAAUCCGUACUGUCUUAACUAUCUCGGCCAAGAGAAAUGGGAUGACGAAGUUAAAGCGCGUGAGGCUUUUGUGAAAACUGCCAAUCUCGGAGACAAUCCAGCGGAGAACGCGAGGAGGCCUGGACAUCCAGUCGGCUUGAGAAACCUGGGUGCCACAUGCUAUGCAAACGCAUACAUUCAAGUAUGGUUCCAGGACCUGCCUUUUCGCAAUGGCGUAUACCGAUGUCAACUGCCCGAGGACGAGAAGUUCAACCUAGAGGUUUCACCGAUAUUCCAGCUACAAGUCACCUUCGCAGCAAUGCAGGAGGGUAUCGAGAGUGCUUUCAAUCCCGUCAAACUGGUGGAAAGCCUGAAACUCAGAACUACGGAACAGCAGGAUGCGCAAGAAUUUUCAAAGCUGUUCAUGGCCCACCUCGAUACAGAAUUUCAGAAACAGGCUGACCCAACACUCAAGACGUUGAUAGCCAACCAGUUUCAAGGCAAACAUACCUACAUCACCACGUGCCAAGAGUGCCAGUAUCGUUCAGAACGGAGCUCGGACUUCCUUGAGCUCGAGGUCACCAUCAAGAACAAUUCGACGCUCGAGGAACGGUUAGGUGCUCUACUCGAACCCGAGAUGAUGUCCGGGGAUAAUCAGUACUCUUGCCCGAGGUGUGAUGGACUGCAAGAUGCCAAACGACACAUGGAACUUAGUUCUCUACCUUCUGUGCUUCAUUUCUCUUUGUUGCGCUUCGUAUAUGACCUCUCGACAAUGGAGCGCAAAAAGAGCAAGCACAACAUAUCCUUUCCGACUACCAUCGAUAUGGAUAGGUUCCUCGGUCCACCGGAGUCGGGCCCUCGUAAGCGUCGGAGGAAGGGCGAUGGUCAAGAGAAAAAUCUGUACCAACUGCGGGGUAUCUUGUUGCACAAAGGAGCCAGUGCCUAUCAUGGGCAUUACGAAGCGCAAGUAUUCGACGUUCAGACCCAGUCGUGGUACCAGUUCAACGACGAGACAGUGACCAAGAUCGACUCGCUUGCGGGCAAAGUGCAGAAUGGGCCCAAGGCUGGCCCGAAAGCGAAGUACAUGCAGUACCUAAUGGCAAAGCUAAGAAGAAAGCCUCGUUCCGCUCACAGCGACAGCGACAUCGAGAUUCUGGAGUAUACCACUGUAGGGAUGCUAUUUAUGUCGAUCUCAACAGAAUCUAACCGUAUGUCUAGAUAUAUCUCAUCCAAGGAUGCUUACAUGCUGGUCUAUUCCCGCGUUGACGAUGUCAAGCCUGCUUCACAAGCCAAUGGCAAGCGGCCUGUAGCGACGUCCAGCCUUACAGAUCUCGACAAUCACAGAGUCGGCGUGUCGCUUCCGAGACCACCUCAACGGGCGGAAGCAGCAGUUAAUGCGUUAAAUAAGGCGCAUACUGCAGCGUGCGAAGCAUAUGGUGACAAGAAGCAUCGAACUCUAGCUCAGUUUGACGAGAUACGCCAGAGGAUCAUGGGUAUUGUCAAGUCGUGGAACCUCACUUCUCGUGAUCAGGAUUGUGUGGUGGCGAGUCGGCGAGGUCUUGAAUCGUGGGUGUCGCGACACCUCAAAGCCUCUCCCUCUGAGUCUGAGCCAGGCUCAAAAGAUGCACCUGAGCCGGCCAGUUCCUCUCCCACGGAAGAUCAUAGUGUAGACACAAGUGAGUGGCCCAUCCAUGUCAUAGUGAUGUCGCAGGUCUUGUGUGAGCAUGGUCGGUUGAAUCCCAGUAAGGCGGGUGAUAUGAAGUUGAUAACUACUGCUGCACACCAACGUAUCGCAGCGGAAGAUGAUUGCGAACUAGCUCCGGAACUUCGUCCAUCUGAUAUUUGCGAAGACUGCGUCGCAUUGAUCUUCAACGAGAAGUUAUAUCACAUUGAACAUCCACGCUUGGUAGAUCAAUUUGACCAAUUAUCUGGGGUCGAAGAGGACGAGCCUGGCUAUUGGAUCUCUAAGCAAUGGCUGAAAGAUUGGAGACUAUCGAAACCUAAGAUGCACGUCGCUUCUCAAGAAGACCCUCCCCCAGACGCUGCCGACUUCGUGCAAGACGUCAAAUGUGAACACGAUGGUCUAUCUGCCAACGUUACUGCCCGCCGGCGAAUAUCAUCAGAGGCUCGCCUUCUCCUGAAACAAAUAUUUCCGACCUGGGAAGCACUGUCGACAGAAGCCGAAUUGUGUCCAGUAUGUGAAGCUCUCGUGCACAUUUCUAAGGAAGACAAGCGUGAGUUCCGAAGACAAGCAGAAGAGGAAAAGGCCAGACUCAAGCAUAUGUACGACAAUGCGUUAAAUGGGAAUACGGCAUUGCUAGAAAACGUCCCAUGUGCCAUUGUUCCUGCUCAAUUUGUUCGAGCUUGGAGGCAAUGGCUCUUACGUCCGGCUGAGGUUCCUCGCCCAGACAGACUUAACAACUCGCUCUUCGUCUGUGAGCAUGGCCUCCUUGUCCUAGACCCAAAUGUCAACAGCGAUAUGGACACCUCGGUUGCAAUCAUCAAACGUACUGAUUGGAACACCAUCGAAGAACUUUAUUCUGGCGAUCCUUUGAUUGCGAUCGAAAACACGGGUGCGAGGAUCGAACAUGAGUUAUCAGUGUGUGCGCCGUGUCGUCUGAAGAGGAAAUCUACGUUCGAUGUCACUGAACUCACCAUUCGCAUUCUUGGUCGUGGCGCCCCAACACCCACCCCCGAAACUUACUCCGAAGAAAUGACAGCUGGACGGGUAGCUGAAACAGCGAAGCCGUCUACACUCAUCACGUAUGGUUCCCGGAAGGCUCCUGCACUGCGACAAUCAAGCAGGAUCAGGCAGGUGAAGGAACACGGCAAACGACGUCGGGUUACCGUCACAAGUGCCAUGUCGGUGAAAGACCUCAAGGUUAUGCUCCAGGACGAACUCGGCACACCAGUGAUAUCUCAGCGACUUUUCCAUCACGGUCAUGAACUUGACAACAGCUCAUCGACACUCUCGUCUCUGGGUAUUCUAUCGAAUGACUUGCUGGAUCUACAAGAACAGGCCGAAGAUAUCAACUUGCUCAGCGAUUCGGAUGAUGAACCAGCGGAGCGCCAUGGGAAGAGGAGAGCAGAAGGUCAAGGCUUUGGGGGCACUCUUCUCAGUGGACUCCUUGCUUCUGAUGGGGAUUCACAACCCUCUCCACAACCAGAAGAUCCUUCGACGAGAGCUUGCCCCGCUUGCACUUUCGCAAUGCCCUUGACUCCGCUGCAUGCAGUGUCUGCGACACUCCACUGUGACUGUGCAGUAGUGACCGACCCAAGCCUGUAA